AUUCGGUUUAACGCCCAUCUCAGCUUCAUCGCAAUACGUGCAACUCUCGGUCUUUGCGUUACCGUUGCCCGGCCUGCUUCUGCACUUGAAGUAGAAACUAGUAGUUGCGUACUCUCUGGGUUCGUCAACUCAUCGGCUCCGAACGUCCGUCAAUUUUUGGGUGUUCCAUUCGCUCAACUUCCCGAAGGAGUCAGAAGGUGGCUGCCUCCGGUGAGACUACAAUCAAGCGCAUCUGUGAACGCAGCCAAUUUCGGACCUGCGUGUCCACAGGUUUGGAUCAACAAUGAGACUAGUGUUGAUGUGUACUCGCCUAGGGGAGGGAAUGAGACUGAAUACUCCCCUCUGGCAAUAUUUGGCGAAGAUUCCACCGGAAGAAAAGACUUACCGGUAAUUGUAUGGUACUUUGGCGGAGGGUUCUUGCGGGGAGGAACCAAUUUGCCGUAUGAUAAUCCACAGUCAUGGAUCGAACGCACUCAAGAACACAUUGUGGUCGCUGUCAAUUUCAGAUCGAACAUAUUCGGCUUUCCCAAUGCCGAUGGCCUGGACGAGCAAAACCUUGGCCUCUUGGACCAGCGCAUGGGCCUGGAAUGGGUUCGAGACAAUAUUGCCAACUUUGGCGGAGAUCCGACCAAAAUUAUUGCAUGGGGUCAAAGUGCCGGCGCGAUUGCCAUUGAUUUCCUAACUUUGCAUAUCCUUCGGAUCCCAUCUUCAGUGGUAUGAUCCUGGCCUCAGGU